AUGAAAAAUCAAGAUAGAAAUCAGCACCGCGAUGAGAAAAAAUUGCAACUCAUCAAGGAUCACGAUGCUUCACGCGCCAAUAACCAAUUUGAAACUCAGGUCCAAGAACUGGAAGCCCGUUUGAUUGAAGGAAUCGAGAAGGGAAGACAUACGAUUCCCAAAGGCACCAAUGUGAGCGAGGCCGCUCGUAACACAGUGAAGUACGGCUGGAUAAAACAAGAAAUCUGGGAUAGGGACUGGGAGAAUACGACUGAGCCAUGGUGGCCUUGGAGGCACGAAGAGUGGCCGACUCGCCCAUACAACCUCAAUUGGCCCCACAAUAUGUCACGAGAGGAUUGGGCAGAAUGGGGCAAAGUGUACCCAGACGGAGGGGAACCAUCACGCCCAUUUCAUCAAUUUACCUAUCAAAUAUCAAAGGAGCGCGAACGAAUUGAAGAUGAGUCUUCCGCCCCAUAUCGCAGUACCCGUGUUCGCCCCUCGAAAGAUAUCAACACCCGAGCUUACGAGAAUGUGAAAAGUGUCUGGAUCAAAAGAGGCAUUUGGGACAACCGCUGGGGACUAUUGCCUGGGACGACUUGGAAACACGAAAGCCCUUUGAAGAUGCCUGAUGAUGACUCGACGCCAAGCUCGACCCAGCCGAAGAAGCAUGUUGCCUCCGGUCGAAAACAUGUUGAUGAGCCUCUUGCUGCCCAAGCAGAUGGUCCCUCUUUGCAGGGCAGUCAGCGCAGUAGAAAGAGGAAAAGCGACGCUGCUCCUGUUGACACAAAGAGCUCGCUUGUUGACGACCCUUCACCUGACCAAGUCGAGGGCUCGGGUCAGGGAUCCAGUAAGAGGAAAAGGGCAGCCGCUACUGUUGACCCGAAGAAACCGGGACGAAAGGUCAAGCCGGAGAAGUCAAGGUCCAGACCCGCAGUGGACAUUUUUAGCCCCCGAUUGGAUCUACAGGAUGAAGAAACUCAAGACACUGGGACACGGAGAAGCACGCGUAUACGGACUCGGGCUAAAAGCACAAGUUGA